CCCGAGGGCCCCCGAAGUCUGCGGGAAGUUCCAAGCGGGAGCUUCGCCCCGGCCUCGCGAAGGUGGGGUGCGGGCCGCUGAGCGCGGGCCAGGGCGCCGCCGGGCCGCGCGGGCGGGAACGCGCGGCGGCCGUCCCCUCCUCCCUCGCUCCCGCCCGCAGCGGUGGCGGCGGCGCUUCUCCGGCGCGGAGCGGCUUUAAAAGGCGGCACCCCACCCCCUGGCGCACUCGCCGCUCGGGCGCCGAGCGAGCCUGUCGUUACCAUGCCUCCGCGCGCGCCGCCCGCGCCAGGGCCCCGGCCGCCGCCCCGGGCCCCCGCCGCCGCCUGGGACGCGGACACCGACACGGACACGGCGGGCGCCGGCGGGCCCGGGCUCCGGCCGCUCGCGCCGCGCCCCUGGCGCUGGCUGCUGCUGCUCGCGCUGCCCGCCGCCUGCUCCGCGCCGCCGCCGCCGCGCCCCGUCUACACCAACCACUGGGCGGUGCAAGUGCUGGGCGGCCCGGGCGCCGCGGACCGCGUGGCCGCGGCGCACGGCUACCUCAACUUGGGCCAGAUCGGAAACCUGGAAGACUACUACCACUUUUAUCAUAGCAAAACCUUUAAAAGAUCAACCUUGAGUAGCAGAGGCCCUCACACCUUCCUCAGGAUGGACCCCCAGGUGAAAUGGCUCCAACAACAAGAAGUUAAACGCAGGGUGAAGAGACAGGUGCGAAGUGACCCUCAGGCCCUUUAUUUCAACGACCCCAUUUGGUCCAACAUGUGGUACAUGCAUUGUGGCGACAAGAACAGUCGCUGCCGAUCAGAAAUGAAUGUCCAGGCGGCGUGGAAGCGGGGCUACACGGGAAAAAACGUGGUGGUCACCAUCCUGGAUGAUGGCAUAGAGCGGAAUCACCCCGACCUGGCCCCGAACUAUGAUUCCUAUGCGAGCUAUGACGUCAACGGAAACGAUUACGACCCGUCUCCGCGAUAUGAUGCCAGCAAUGAGAACAAACACGGUACUCGCUGUGCGGGAGAGGUCGCCGCUUCAGCCAACAACUCUUACUGCAUCGUGGGCAUCGCAUACAAUGCAAAAAUCGGAGGCAUCCGCAUGCUGGACGGAGACGUGACCGACGUGGUGGAGGCCAAGUCCCUGGGCAUCAGACCCAACUACAUCGACAUUUACAGCGCGAGCUGGGGGCCGGAUGAUGACGGGAAGACGGUGGACGGGCCCGGCCGACUGGCCAGACAGGCCUUCGAGUACGGCAUUAAAAAGGGCCGGCAGGGCCUGGGCUCCAUUUUCGUCUGGGCGUCGGGGAACGGCGGCCGAGAGGGGGACCACUGCUCCUGCGACGGCUACACCAAUAGCAUCUACACCAUCUCCGUGAGCAGCACCACGGAGAAUGGCUACAAGCCCUGGUACCUAGAGGAGUGUGCGUCCACCCUGGCCACCACCUACAGCAGCGGGGCCUUCUACGAGCGCAAAAUCGUGACCACGGAUCUGCGCCAGCGCUGCACCGAUGGCCACACCGGGACCUCUGUUUCAGCCCCCAUGGUGGCCGGCAUCAUCGCCUUGGCGCUGGAAGCAAACAGCCAGCUGACCUGGAGGGACGUCCAGCACCUGCUGGUGAAGACGUCCAGGCCGGCCCACCUCAAAGCAAACGACUGGAAGGUGAACGGUGCUGGUCAUAAAGUUAGCCACCUCUAUGGAUUUGGCUUGGUAGACGCGGACGCCCUCGUCAUGGAGGCCAAGAAGUGGACUGCGGUGCCCCUGCAGCACAGCUGUGUCGCUGUCACAGACAAGAGGCCCAGGAGCAUCCCCGUGGUGCAGACGCUGAGGACCAGCGCCCUGACCACCGCCUGUGCCGACCACUCGGACCAGCGUGUGAGCUACCUGGAGCACGUGGUGGCCCGCAUCACCAUCUCCCACCCACGCCGAGGAGACCUGCAGAUCCACUUGAUUUCUCCCUCAGGGACCAAGUCUCAGCUUUUGGCGAAGAGGUUGCUGGAUCAUUCCAACGAAGGCUUUACAAACUGGGAGUUCAUGACCGUGCACUGCUGGGGAGAGAAGGCCGAGGGGGAAUGGACCCUGGAAAUCCAGGACAUGCCAUCCCAGGUCCGGAACCCAGAGAAACAAGGGAAGUUGAAAGAGUGGAGCCUCAUCCUGUACGGCACGGCCCAGCACCCCUAUACCACCUUCAGCGCCCAUCAGUCUCGCUCCCGGAUGCUGGAGCUCUCGGCCCCAGAGCCAGAGCCACCCAAGGCCGCCCUGUCGCCAUCCCAGGCCGAGGUUCCCGAGGACGAAGAGGACUACACAGCUCCUCCCUCCCAUGGCUCUCCUAAUAUUUUACAGACCAGUGUGUGCCAUCCGGAGUGUGGUGACAAAGGCUGUGAUGGCCCUAAUGCAGACCAGUGCUUGAACUGUGUCCACUUCAGCCUGGGGAGCAUCAAGACCAGCAGGAAGUGCGUGAGCGUGUGCCCCUUGGGCCACUUUGGGGACAUGGCAGCCCGCCGCUGCCGCCGCUGCCACAAGGGAUGCGAGACCUGCUCCGGCCGGGGCCCCACCCAGUGCCUGUCUUGCCGCCGCGGGUUCUACCACCAUCAGGAGGUGAACACCUGUGUGACCUUCUGUCCCGCUGGAUUUUAUGCUGAUGAAAAUCAGAAAAACUGCCUUAAAUGCCACCCAAGCUGUAAGAAGUGCAUGGAUGAACCAGAGAAAUGUACUGUCUGUAAAGAAGGAUUCAACCUUGCACGGGGCAGCUGCAUUCCAGACUGUGAGCCAGGCACCUACUUUGACUCUGAGCUGAUCAGGUGCGGGGAAUGCCAUCCCACCUGCCAGACCUGCGUGGGGCCCAGCAGAGAAGAAUGUAUUCACUGUGCCCCAAACUUCCACUUCCAAGACUGGAAAUGUGUGCCAGCCUGUGGCGAGGGCUUCUACCCAGAGGAGAUGCCAGGCUUGCCCCACAAAGUGUGCCGAAGGUGUGACGAGAGCUGCUUGAGCUGUGAAGGCUCCAGCAGGAACUGCAGCCGGUGUAAGACAGGCUUCACACAGCUGGGAACCUCGUGCAUCACCAACCACACGUGCAGCAACGCCGAUGAGACCUUCUGCGAGAUGGUCAAGUCCAACCGGCUCUGCGAACGCAAGCUCUUCAUCCAGUUCUGCUGCCGCACCUGCCUCCUGGCUGGGUAGGGGCGCCCGGCCGCCCGCACAAGGCAGGGUCCCUCCUGUCUGUCCAUCCACCUUCCUCCAGGCUGUCGGCCAGAGUCCGUUUCAGGAGUGGUACCCUGCAUCUGACAGCUUUAUCUCCCCAGGAGCGAGGUCCUUCCGCGGCAUCUCUGGGCGCCCAGGCCAGGUGGGUGAGGGCUUUGAGGAGGUGUCGGCAAUGUCCUCUCACACCCUGCUUGCUGGCUCCAUUCUUCUGGCUAACUCACAACGGGAACAGAACCAAUUCCAGGAAUCCACAGCUCCGGCUUCAGAGCAGCUUCUGGGACCAUAAGUUUACUGAAUCUUCGAGACCAAAGCAGAAAGGCAGGAUGCUUGGUGCAUUGCUCUUCUCCCCGUGCUUUUGGGCAGCCCGCAGACCCCUGGGCUGUGCCCCUGCGUGAUGGAGGGCUAAGGGGCAUACCUGCUCAUCUGCCUGCCACAGUCUGGGGGAUGGUCUGAUCAGACUGUAAAUAAAACGGAUUUCGGGGCAAACGUGUGACCGCUGGGGAUGGAGCAUCUAUUUCUCCAUAAUCAGCGAUUUCUGAAACUGCAGCCAUGGCUUAGAAAGUCUAAUCCCAAACGGAUGGGUUGGAGGGACCCUCCUUCCUCUGCCGCCCUUUCCUCUGAGGGAGCUGAAGGUCCCUGGUCUCUGCAUCCUGUCUGUGUCUCUGGGAGUCUCAUGGCCCAGAUGAAUGGUCACCUCUGCCUAACACAGGAGGCGUCCUGGGGGCUGGCCAAAAGGUGCCCCAACGACCAAGCAAUUCUUCCUACCAAAAUGUAAACCCAGCCUGUGAACUGUUAAUUGUCUGUCGUGUCCCAUUUUGUGGAAUUGCUUUGAAAAUACAUUGGCCCUGCUUUUCAGGAGACUUGUUCUUAAGGUGGGCGCCCCUGUGUCUGUGUGUGCUAUGAGCCUAACGACAUGGCUGGAUUUAUUUUUGCCAAACCUGUGUGGGUAUUUUAUAAGCUACGUGUUCUAAUUUUUACCAAUGUUAAUUAUUUUGACAAAUAUUUCAUAUAUUUUCAUUGAUAUGCACAGAUCUGCUUGAUCAAGUCCCUUUAAUAUGGGAGUAACAUUUGCCUUAAAUUUUUUCGAGCUCGUUCUCCAUUUCGUCCUGCUCCCCUCUUUGACUGUAACACAUUUGACGAGUCCCCUGUCAGCUGGGGGGGAGCCCAGCUGUUGUUUGUUGAAUCCACAACUCCGAAAAUGAAAUCCACAAAGCAAAUACAGUGUUAACCCUAAAUUAAUAAAAGAGUUAACAGUU